CCUGGGCCCUCAAAGCAAGGCACAAUCCAACACGGCAAACAAGCGUUGGUUCGACUCUUCCAAGGAAACUGCACCAGCGCAACAUUUACCGUCUUUUUCUUUUGCCCUCCAUCCAUCCAUCCAUCCCGUUAUUUGAUUCGAUUUUUUUUUCAGCCGGCGGUCCUGACUUGUGUUCCACCAUUUGUGCGCGUUCGAACCCUUUUAGCGGUCGUUAACCGGCACGACAGAUUUGUGGACUUUGACGGCCGCCGGCCGGGUGCAAAGUUUCCACCGUGCCGGACGGGGAGCGCGCUCACGUGGGUGACGAUGAUGAUGAUGAUGAUGAUACACGACGACGACGGCGAUGAAGAGUGAAUCACCCAGUUGUGAAACGCUUCGGGCGUCUGCGAGCCUUCAGAUCUUCCGCGAUUUCCCAAACCUGAAGCGCACGCGCACGGGCCACGAGGCGAUGCUCAAAUGUUACGAAGCGUUCACGUUUCCACUUGCGACAAAAAUGAAAGCCUACGAAAUAAAAGCGCGUUUUCGAGCACGUGAACGCAACGCGUUCUUCUCGCCCCAUCGCGAUUUUGGCACCGCGUCCAGCUGCAGCCGGAAGUGACGAUGCCGCGAUUGCGCUUCUGGCCGCGAUGACGCCACGAGGCGCUGUCGUCACUUCGGCAAACUUCUUGUGGCGUGCGUGGGAAGUCCCCGCGGAGCCCCUUAAAAGCGCUCCGGACCUCCAAUGGAAGCGAAACGAGGAAACGUCGCCUUCCUCCUCCUCCUCAUCAUCUUCAUCUUCGUCCACGCCGGGAACGCGCCGGAUCCCAAACCGCCCUGGCCGACAUGCACGCGCACGCAGUUUUGCCGCUCCUCUGCUGCUUCCUGUCGGCGCCGGCGAUCCGUUCGGCACCCGCCGCCGCCCCUCCGCCGGCCCUCCGAGACGCUCUGGAACGAGCCCGCAUGCUGGCCGACAAAAUCGCCAAGGAGGCGGAGGGCUCGACCCUGGACUUCUCGCAGCCGACCGGCGACCUGCAGAUGAUGGCCGCCGCCCUCCGCAUCCCCCCCGCGCCGGUCCUCAAACCGCUGUCGGAACACUUUGACACGGACACGUGCCUGGAACGCACGGCGGAAGGCGUGCGGAUGUUCCAGGACCUUCUGGAAGUUUUGUCAGAGCGCCUCGGCGGACUGGACGGCCUUCGGGCCGACCUGCGAGACCUUCUCGCGCAGAUCGCCAAGGUCCGGGAGGCGGCACGGCCGGGCGGCGCCGAACCGGGGCGGGACCGCCGGCCGGGGAUGGCGGCCCAACUCCACGGCGACUUUGAGGCGCAGACGGCCGCUCGCCUAACGCUCGCGCAGCUCAGAUCCUUCGCCCACGACGUCAUCCGAAGCCUCCGGGCGAUCGCCACCCGCUGGACGCCGGCGCGAUAGCGGGCGCUACUCGUCCCCCCUGCCGGGAACAUCCUCGGGACAGGCAAAUCGCCUCCUGCGCUGCCCUCUGCUGCUGGACAGACACACUGCAGGACUGGAGCCAGACGUGCGGAGGAAGUCCAAGUCUGUGGCGGCGGCGGGGCCGCCAGUC